AUGUUCCGAGAAGUCAUCAAGUGGCCGAGGACACUAAACGUAUCAGAAGUUAACCUAAGUGAUCACUGGGAAGCAAUAAAAUGUCUGCCUGGAUUGGAUAGGAACUGGCGCGGCUGUGUGCAAAUGAUCCGGCGCGGCGUACGCCGAAGGACGCGGCCGCAUUCCGCACCGCACCACUACAUCGAGAUGACACACAUACCGACACGCGCUAAUCUCGCGUCGCGGGCAGCCGUCGCCGAAGCGAAUCGCAUACAAAUGUGCCGCCAGUCAGAGCAAAAACUGCUGAAUAAUAUCCCCUCAGUUGUAGCUCUCGCACACGAGCUUUAUAGCACACAUAAUGAUGCAGUCACGGCACGCUCUAUGCAUUUUACAACCGCAUUACUCUGGAAGAGCUUUAUAUUGUUAUUUUUUAAUAUCAAGUCUAUUGUCACCGCGUCCGUGAGCCAUAUUGGACACAAACAGCGAGCGAUCCGAUCGGUGCUGGGCUCAGGUUGCCGGCAUGUGCCAACUCUUAGUAAAGUCGAGGAGUGGCUGCGGGAGCAAUUUUAUUGCCUCUUAUUGGCUAACGUUCAAAGUGACAACUUUAAAGACUGUAAGAACAUUAAAAGCGGAUCUUUAGUGGGGAGGGGUGUGGGGGGGCGGCCGCACGAGGCACGAGGCAGCAACAAGCUGGGCGUCGAGACAGAGCCGGCGCGACCCGCCGACGCCAACAAUCCCACUCAACAUAAAACUAAAUCUCCACAGACAACAAGAAAACGCAAUAGCUCUCCACAAAAGACGUGA